AUGGCGAGCCGUGGACAAGAAGUAGGACCCUCUGGAAGGACGCAGCAGACGUUGGUCGCGUCCUUCCAGUCUGUCACGGGCUGCACCAACCGGACGGGGGCGACUGAUUUUCUGCGGAAGCACAACUUCGACUUGAGUCGAGCUCUUGAUGCCUACUUUUCUCUGCCGUCGCGGGAGCAAAAGGCGCUGCAGCAAACAAGGAACACACCCAGUCACUCCUCGUCGUCGGGAAGCUACGGCGGCGUCAGCGCUUCUUCCUCAGCGCGCGAGCGCGCCGCAGCGAAGGCGAAAGCUGACGAGCAGUACAGAGCCAUUGUCAAAACGUUUCAGGCGUACGCAGACGCGGCCGAUGGCGGCGAAGGCAGUCGCGGGAACAGCAGCGCCGCCGCUGGAGCCGCGGCCGGAGGAGGAAGUGGAGCGAUCGAGGUGCCUGGGCUGGAGCGUCUCGCGGAGGAUUUGGGUGUUGGCUUGGACGAUGUGUUCUUUCUCAUUUUUGCCUUUCUCUGCGGCUGCACGGAGCAAGGGCGCAUCACCCAGGAGGAAUUCACCCGAGGCAUGGACCGAGCGGGGGUGUGUACAGUCGCAGCGCUGCGAGAAGCCGUGCCUGCGGUCCGCGCGAGCUUAGCGGCGGACAAGUCCCUCGCUCGGCAAGUCUAUUCGUUCGCCUUCACCUACUCUCUAGACGUUGGUCAGAAGGCUUUGCCGCUCGAUCUGUGCGUCGCGUACUGGCGGCUGCUGCUCCUGGAAGCGGACUUCCCGCUCAUGACGGAGUGGCACGACUUCAUCGAGGAGGAACUCCGGAACCGCGUGAGCGCCCUCUCCAAGGACCCCUGGUUGAUGCUGUUUGACUUCAUGCAUUCCCAAGGCAGAUCUCUCUGUCUGGACGAGUACGACGAAGACGGGGCCUGGCCGCUUGUCAUCGAUGAAUUCGUUGACUGGGCCAGACGCCGCCGACGAGCCAGGCAGGACAGCGGCUCCACCGCUGUCGGGCAGGCGGUGCACUGA